AUGGUGUAUACCAUUCCCUUAAUCAUAUUCAUGGACGAUGUUUCAGGCAAUAUCUCAAAGCAGUGGAACAAACAUCACGCUAUAUAUAUGUCUAACGCAAAUUUACCUCGGGAGAUGCUCGAAAAGGAAUUUUUUGUGCGAUUUGUUUUGUCCUCUCCUCAUGCUCCACCCAUGGAAUUGACGCGAGCAAUGAAAGAAUCCAUCUCUGACGCAGCACAAUCUGGUGUCAUGGCAUGGGAUUGCAAGUACAACAAGGAGGUUAUGCUCAUUCCAUAUGCGCUAUUUCUUGCUGAAGAUAAUCUGAUGCAGGCCAAAGAGUGUAGUCACGCAGGGCUCAACUGCAACUAUUUCUGCAGGACAUGUGAUGUUGGUGGAACAAAAGAGUACAAGGAAUCCGAAGCUGGCUACAAUAGCAUUUUUAUGAAGACGAGUCAAGAGAUUCAACAACAGUUCGAAACGGCCUUCAAAUCGGGUGCCACAACAAAAAUCCAGCAUUCCAUUUCGCUGACUGGUGUGCAAGAUUCAGCUUCAGGUCCGAUUCUCAGUGCAUUGGUUGAACUUGGCAAGAAGCUGCGAAAACGUACUGCGGGAUCUCAAGCUCUGCCCAAAAAUGAAGUUGAAGCCACCCUUUGGAAAGAGUUUGAAGAACUCUUGAAAAGUGGACAGCUUGAUGAUACUAUCAAUCCCCUACUGGGAAUGGACGGGUUAGAUAUACAUAUGGACACGCCAACCGAAAUCCUUCAUACAAUACUCCUGGGCAUCGUCAAGUACUUCUGGGGGCAGACAGUGUUUCUUCUUGAGAAAGCAAAGUUCCUCCACGUCUUUCAGUACUGGCUCAAGUCCAUUGACAAGGACGGCCUGAAUGCUCCCUGUCUAAACGCAGACUAUAUCUGCCACUAUAAAGGCAGUUUAAUCGGCAAGCAUUUCAAAAGUUUGGCGCAAGUCAUGCCAUUCAUUAUCCACGACCUCGUUCCUCCGACGGUUCUUAAUGCCUGGACGGUGAUUGGUGAACUCAUUGUCCUAGUCUGGCACACGAGAUUCACAGACACAGAAGCAUAUCUCGUGAGUUCAAUUCAUGUUCUAUCCAAAAGGCUUGUCUAA